AAACAGGUUUUGUUCGGGGGAGGGUUUGCUGAUCUAUCCAAUCUUAUUUUUGGCCACAACCAAGCAUUCGCAUAUUGGGGUCAGCAAGGAGAAGCCAGGGACUUUAUCAAUGCAGUCGGGGUGGUACGGGUUUUCGCGAUUGUCAGAUCUGACAGGUACAGUAUGACUGACAAAAGUCACAGGUGUUACAUCAUCGCCUACUAUACUAACCUGGUUGAACUGCGAAGCGGCGCUGGCAUUGCAGUCGGAGGCCCAGCCUUGGUUAUGUAUCUUUCACCGACUGAAGAGGAGCUCUUCAAGAGGUAUAACCCAGAUCUGCAAAGGAGGGCCCUCGAGAGCCGGUAUGAGCGGCAGAAGGAGUACGAUGACUUUGUCACGGAACUCAAAAAAUCCGCCAAGUCCGAUAAGAACAUCUGGAUCACUCAGCAGAUCGAGGCAGAAAAGAAGGAAAAACUUGCCAGACAGAUGGCGAGCGCGAAUGCAGCAGCUGAGCAUGCAAGGAUGCAACAAGAAGAGCACGAAAGGGUUGAGCAGAUGAGGAGAGAGGCCGGAUUACCGCCCUCUAGGUAG